AAACUCCACGAAACAAAGCGCGGAGAGAACAGAGUACACAUUUCUAACUUGAUAUUGACACCGAUACCUAAGCGAUGAUUCGAUCGGCAACUCUAAGAUGCCUUUUGACUUGAGAUUCUUUCUAAGAUGAUUGCUAGCAAUGACGUUUAUGAAUUAUAAUAACACGAAGGAAGAUCAUUUCAACGGGAAUAUACAGCAGUGUAUCACAUUAACAUCCUCGUCCUUCCCAUUUAACAUUGUAGACGUCUGGCACAAAUUCCUUAGCAUAUGAAACAAUAGCAAUCCCUUUCACUAUCGUCUUCUGCAGCCCAAAUCCAGACGGCAUAUAUAACAAGCUAAGCGCCAAACUCAACACAACUAUAUUGAUUCCAAUAGCCACAAAAAGAAUCUUACCAAGGUUUUCAUAGCUUAUAACUCUCCACGUACUCCGUACCUAAUCUUCUCCAUUUUCCUCCCAGUUAUGGAACCCAAUUCCUUUUCCGCUUUCUUACCCUCAUUCUGGCCAGAAUCCGACUCCGCAGCAUGGAGCGUGGCCGUCACGCUCUCCCUCGUUGUCCUCUGGUGCGCGUGGCUCUACUCCAACAGAUCCGGCACCUCCGCACGGCUACCGCCAGGUCCACGCGGGCUCCCUUUUGUCGGGAACCUCCUCUCCCUGGACCCGGAGCUCCACUCCUACUUCGCCGGACUGGCCCACACCUACGGCCCAAUCUACAAGCUCUACCUCGGCACCAAGCUCGGCAUCGUCAUCACCUCCCCCUCCGUCGCCCGCGAGGUCCUCAAGGACCAUGACGUCACAUUCGCCAACCGCGACGUCCCCGACGCCGGCCGCGCCGCCUCCUACGGAGGAUCCGACAUUGUCUGGACCCCGUACGGCCCGGAGUGGCGGAUGCUGCGGAAGGUCUGCGUGCUCAAGAUGCUCAGCAACACCACGCUCGACUCCGUCCACGAGGCUCGGCGGAGGCAGGUCCGGCGGACGGUCGGGUUCUUCUACAGCCGGGUCGGGUCGCCGGUGGACGUUGGGGAGCAGAUGUUUCUGAACGUGCUGAAUGUGAUCACCAACAUGCUGUGGGGCGGCACGGCGCAAGGGAAGGCGGCGGAGCUCGGAGCGGAGUUCAGGCAGGUGGUGGCGGAGAUGACGGCGCUGCUAGGGAAGCCGAACGUGUCGGACUUCUUUCCGGGUUUGGCCCGGUUUGACUUGCAAGGCGUGGUGAAGCAGAUGAAGGCUUUAGGGGAGAGAUUUGAUGCGAUAUUCGAGAGAGUGAUAGAUCAACGGCUGAGGAUGGACAAGGAAGGCGCUAAGGAGGAAGGGGGUAAAGAUUUUUUGACUUUCUUACUGCGGUUGAAAGACCAGGGUGAUUCGAAGACGCCGCUUACUAUGAUUCACCUCAAAGCCUUACUUAUGGAUAUGGUAGUGGGCGGGACUGACACGUCAUCCAACACAAUUGAAUUUGCAAUGUCGGAAGUUAUGAACAAACCAGAAGUGUUACAACGAAUCCAGCAAGAAUUAGAAGACGUAGUUGGCAAAAACGGCAUUGUAGAAGAGUCUCACAUUCACAAGCUACCAUACUUAUAUGCUGUGAUGAAAGAAACACUGCGCUUGCACCCAGUCCUGCCUCUAUUAGUCCCACAUUGCCCAAGUGAGACAUGCACUGUGGGAGGCUAUACCAUUCCCAAGGGGUCUAGGAUUUUUGUUAAUGUUUGGGCUAUACAUAGAGACCCUUCGAGUUGGGAAAACCCAUUGGAGUUUGAUCCAACUAGAUUCCUGGAUAGUAAAUGGGAUUACAGUGGGACUGACUUCAAGUAUUUUCCUUUUGGGUCUGGGAGAAGAAUAUGUGCAGGCAUAGCAAUGGCUGAGAGGAUGGUGAUGCAUUCACUUGCUACACUGCUACAUUCUUUUGAUUGGAAACUGCCACAGGGAGAGAAGCUGGAUCUUUCAGAGAAGUUUGGUAUUGUCUUGAAGAAGAAGAUACCUUUGGUUGCAAUCCCAACUCCAAGGUUAUCAGACCCAGCACUUUAUGAUUAGCCAACAAGGUGCGUUGAUAAUCUUUACACCCUGUGAUAUCAACUUCUGUUAUGCACACAAUGGAUCGAUCAAAUAGUCAGAUCAAACAUUAUUUAUGUUGCAUUAUAAUCUUCUUCUUUUGGGAUAUGAGGUCCAUCAUAAAGAUUGUAAACCAGAGUACAGAUAAGACUUGUUGUCUCUGAAUGUAUACCGCUUCCUUUAUUGUUUAGAGUUUUUUUCUGUGUCC